AAGAAAACCGACAACCGCGAAACAAUUCGGGUCGGUUGUUAAGGUAAAACCCGCGCAUUUCUGUCUCCCUCAGACGAGAGCUUCGCAUUUCGAAAAAAGCGACAGGAGCACGCGACAGGAGCACGCGGCAAACUCACGAAUGCGCACGUGCUCCGCUCCGCCGCCGUUCGCGCGCGUGCACGCAGUCCGCGUCCCGUUCAAAGAUGGCAGCCACCAUGAAGAAAGGAGUGGCAGCUGAAGAUGUCAACGUGACUUUUGAGGACCAGCAAAAGAUCAACAAGUUCGCCAGGAAUACAAAUCGGAUGUCUGAGCUCAAAGAUGAAAUCGAGGCCAAAAAGAAAUCCUUACAGAACCUGGAGGAUGCCAGCGAUGACCUCAUGAUGUGCGAGGACGAUGCGCUGCUGAUCCCGUAUCAGAUCGGAGACGUGUUCAUCAGUCACUCUCAGGAAGAGACGCAGGAGAUGCUGGAGGCGGCGAAGGAAGCUCUGCAGGAUGAGAUCAAAGCUCUGGAGGGCCGCGUGUCGUCCAUACAGGGGGUCCUUGGAGAUUUGAAGGUUCAGUUAUACGCCAAGUUUGGAAACAAUAUCAAUCUAGAGGCAGAUGAGAGCUGAGACUUCAAACACGUGGACUUGACCUCACAGACUGUCAGUCUCCAACAGGAAGUGGUGUUUCUACUGUGACUAGAAGUUCUCGUUUGUUUACCCUGGUGAUGUUUGUUGCAUUUCACACGUCAUUAUGUUUAUGAGAGUUAUUUGAGCUGUUGCAUACAGGUGUUUUUGGGGCCGGCUGGAUAACACAUCCAGCAAGAGAGAAUGAGAGGGAAAAAUAAAAAUACUGUACAAAAAAUUUC